AGGAACCACUGCUGUUGGCUGAACUCAAGCCCGGGCGCCCCCACCAGUUUGAUUGGAAGUCGAGCUGUGAAACCUGGAGUGUCGCCUUCUCGCCUGAUGGCUCCUGGUUUGCCUGGUCACAAGGACACUGCAUUGUCAAGCUGAUUCCCUGGCCUCUGGAGGAGCAGUUCAUCCCCAAAGGGUUUGAAGCCAAAAGUCGAAGCAGCAAAAGUGAUACAAAAGGUCGAAGCAGCCCAAAAGAAAAGACACUGGACUGUGGUCAGAUUGUUUGGGGUUUGGCCUUCAGCCCUUGGCCUUCUCCACCCAGCCGGAAGCUCUGGGCACGCCACCAUCCCCAAGUGCCGGACGUCUCUUGCCUGAUCCUUGCCACGGGACUCAAUGAUGGGCAGAUCAAGAUUUGGGAGGUGCAGACAGGACUCCUGCUUUUGAAUCUUUCUGGCCAUCAAGAUGUUGUGAGAGAUUUGAGUUUCACACCUAGUGGCAGUUUGAUUUUGGUCUCUGCAUCACGGGAUAAGACUCUUCGCAUCUGGGACCUGAAUAAACAUGGUAAGCAGAUUCAGGUGUUAUCUGGCCACCUGCAGUGGGUUUACUGCUGCUCCAUCUCCCCGGACUGCAGCAUGCUGUGCUCUGCAGCUGGAGAGAAGUCGGUCUUUCUAUGGAGCAUGCGGUCCUACACAUUGAUCCGGAAGUUAGAGGGCCACCAAAGCAGUGUUGUGUCUUGUGACUUCUCCCCCGACUCUGCCUUGCUUGUCACGGCUUCUUACGAUACCAACGUGAUUAUGUGGGACCCCUACACUGGUGAAAGGCUGAGGUCACUCCACCACACCCAGCUCGACCCUAGCAUGGAUGACAGCGAUGUCCACAUGAGCUCACUGAGAUCCGUGUGCUUCUCUCCCGAAGGCUUGUACCUCGCUACAGUGGCAGAUGACAGGCUCCUCAGGAUCUGGGCCCUGGAACUGAAGGCUCCCAUUGCAUUUGCUCCUAUGACCAAUGGUCUUUGCUGCACAUUUUUUCCACAUGGUGGAGUUAUUGCCACAGGGACAAGAGAUGGCCAUGUCCAGUUCUGGACUGCCCCCAGAGUUCUGUCCUCACUGAAGCACUUAUGCCGGAAAGCCCUUCGAAGUUUCCUGACCACGUACCAAGUCCUAGCACUGCCAAUCCCCAAGAAAAUGAAAGAGUUCCUCACAUACAGGACUUUUUAAACAACGCUGCCAUCUUCUCUCUGUGGCAGAAUAAAUCCUCCUGGCAAAGGAAUAGAGGGAAGAAUGAGCCAAAGAUCUGGUCCGGAUUGAAGCAGACUUUCUUUGGGAUUGUGAAUAGAAUGUAGCAAGCCAGAUCCCAGUGGACUCGCCAUGGACUGUUCCCUCCAUGGCACGUGCAAGGCAGUUUGAGAGGAGAUUCCUCUUCAGCCAUGACAGAGCCUUACCUUAAAUCUUUGGUCCACUUGUAAACAGCAGAUGUUGAACUUCUAGUUGUUGGAAUUCCGAGUGCUGUUGUUGUUUUGAUGGUAAAGCAGGCCUCCAGAGCCUCUCUGUAGUGGUGGCAAAGCUCACAUUCCUACGGCUGGGAAGUGACUGCCAUGUAGCAUAAUACCCGUCACCCUGUUUCAGGUGCAGUGGUAGCAUGAUCUGAAGUUCCCUCCCUUCUGCUAUGGUCCGGGGAGCUUCGAUGUUGGCACAACUGAAACAGGCUGUGUGCUCCUGACCGAUACAGACACUAUUAUUGGCUGUUUUUAUUGUUAAGCAGUGGUGUGCAUGUGCAGGUGACAAACUUGUAUGUCAGAUUAUGAGAAUUUACUCCUAAACUGCAUGACUGUUCAAAUGGCUACCGAGUUGUGUCAGUUGUUGGCCAUUUAUUAGCAUCAUAUUUAUUUGUGUUUUUUCAGAGAUACUGUAUUAAGGUACAACUGUGUUUUUCUCAAUGGUAUCAAAAGACCAGCAUACUUCAAUGGACCAGUUGUAAAGAUGUGUCUUAGCCAUGUGAAGAGCCGCUGUUGUCAUCACUUCUGCUCGUAUUCUUACGUACAUCUCUUUGCUGCUUGACCUCAUUGGACUCAUCAGCCAGUCUCAGUGCUACACCUAAACAGAAAUAGCUCCUUAAAAGUACUGUUCUCCUUCAGUGGCAUGUGGUUAUCUCAUCAAGGCACCUCAUUCAGACAGAAAUCUGCCUUAGGAAAAUUUAAUAUAUUUUAAAUUAUUUUAAAAGAAAUGCAACAUCUUAUUCUUUGGCUUUCUUAGUACUUCACGGAGGCAGUGUAACAAGCUGGUGGAGGGUAGGGGAAUUUCCUCUGCCUUUUGUUGCUUGAUGAAAACAUUUCAAAAUGAGGUAUUCAUUGAAGGAAAAAAAAAACAACAAACAA